AUGUUGACCAUCGGUCAUUGCAACGUCGGAACCCGGCUGUUUUCAAGAAGGAACUACGACACGGCGAGUGCGGGAUGGAUAAAAUGCAUCUUCGUAACAGCAGUGCUAAAUGGCGAGGCAUGUGCGCUGCCACAAGCGCAUCGGUUCCGUGAACAGCUGCAUCGCGUCGUUGAAACUCUCCGGCUGUGGCGAGGCAACAGACAGCUGCCACCGUCGCGCGUCGUCGUUUACCGUUCAAACGUCGAUUGGUCGAAUAUGAGCCUCGACGAUGCGCACUGA